AUGACCCGAUUCGAGCUAUUCGUGGCUACUGGGGCCACCCAGGCUUUACUGCUGCCCGCUGUUCUUAUUGCCUCAUUUAUCAAUGAGGCCUCCCCGAGCAAAAUCAUUGAUGUCACUUUCGUAGAUGAUUCUGUGCUUGGAGAUGACGAGAAGUCUAUCAUCUGCCUCCAAUCAGAUGGUAAGUCUAUCACUGGCACCGCGCCCAUCAUCCAGCACCUUUAUGCCAAUUUCCCCUUCCUCGUUGGAAAGGAUUCUCAGGCCGAGAGAGUAUGGAUCUCUCAACUGGAAUCCUUUGAGGCCCUCGACUUUAAGGUCCUUGAUCCCACCCUCCAACGUCUUGAUGCGCACCUGCUUCUCCGAUCUUUUGUCACAGGCUACUCGCUCUCCACCCCCGACAUCGCUAUAUGGGGUGCGAUCCGCGGAAACAGAGUGGUUGCUGCUGCAAUAAAAAAGGGUAGCUUGGUCAAUCUCACGCGAUGGUAUAAAUUUGUCCAAGAGUUGUGUCCGUGGGCGACGGUCGCUGUCGAUUUGCUGAAUGCGGCAGCACGCGAAAAGAAAAUUGCGAAAGCCAAGGAGGGUGCAAGUUACGAAAUCGCCCUGAACAACACCGAGAAUGACGAGAAAUACAAUGGCACCCUUCUCCUUCGAUUCGAUGACACCAAUCCGUCGAACGAGAAGCAAGAGUUCCAAGAUGCCAUCGUGGAAGACCUCGCCUUGAUGGCCUACGCAGAUGACACAGACAAGGACACCAUGAAACAUCAAAGACGGCACGGAAUUCCAAGCCAGCGUCGUGAACUUUCACCCGCAAACUCAUUGGCUCACUUUGCAGAGAUGAAGAAGGGCACCCCCGAGGGUCUGCGCUGGUGCAUCCGUGCUAAGAUAUCAUUCAAUGACAAGAACAAAGCCAUGCGUGACCCUGUGAUAUACCGGUGUAAUCCUGCUAUUCACCACCGUACCGGUGAUGCCUGGGUUGUUUAUCCAACCUAUGACUUUGCAUGUCCGAUUGUUGACUCAAUGGAGGGAGUCACUCACGCUCUGCGGACCAUCGAAUACAGAGAUCGCAACCCGCAAUACCAGUGGAUGCUCGAUGCAUUAAGCCUACGAACUGUUCAGGUUUGGGACUUUGCUCGUAUGAACUUCAUUCGCACCCUGCUUUCUAAAAGGAAGCUGAGCAAACUUGUGGAAAGUGGUGUUGUUUGGGGAUGGGAUGAUCCUCGAUUCCCGACUAUUCGUGGCAUUCGCCGUCGAGGAAUGACGAUCCCUGCACUCCGAGAGUUCAUUCUUAAACAAGGUCCCUCUAAAAACGUGACUCUGUUUGAUUGGGCUUUGAUUUGGGCUACCAACAAGAAGUAUAUCGAUCCUGUUGCCCCUCGUUAUACUGCUAUUGAAACAGGAGAUGUUAUCAAGGCGACCGUAAACGGUGGCCCCGCUGUUCCGUAUAUGGAAAAGCGCCCAAAGCAUGCGAAAAAUAUCGCAGUCGGUGAAAAGGAUGUUUUUCUCUCCUCUUCUGUCAUUCUCGAACAGGUUGAUGGUAUCUCAUUCAAAAAGGACGAGGAGAUCACACUUAUGAACUGGGGUAAUGUGAUCGUUGGCGAUAUUUCCACCGACCCUUCUACAGGCAAAGUUACGCACCUGCACCUGGAAUUGCAUUUAGCCGGUGACUUCCUGUCGAGUUGGUUGAUUUUUGACUACCUGCUGAACAAAGAUUCACUCGCGGAGGAUAUACUUGAGGAUGUUCUCAACUUCAACACGGAGUUCCGCGUGGAUGCCCUGGCCGACAGUAAUGUCUCCAACGUUCAAGUUGGCGAUAUUAUACAAUUUGAUCGCAAGGGUUUCUACCGCGUGGAUCGGGCCCCUGCCGUCGGUGUCCCUGGCGUCUUCUUCAGUGUUCCUACCGGAAAACAGAAAUUAUCCGAAGAUUAUAGUGGACCACGGUUUCUAUGUUCGAAAUUGAAAAAGAAACUUAAGAGCACACUGCAUUCCACUAUACGGUCAUAA